AACCCAUUCCAGCGCCGCGUUGCCGCUGCCUCCUAUCCCUGAUGGUGUAAUUGUGCCGUGAAUGCGUGCAUGUCCUUCCAGCCAGGAUACUUGAGGCGGUGUUCGGAAGCUCCAUAAUUGCUCAGGGACAGCCUCUCUCUUGUCGCGUCAUGGGUGCCGAUGGCCUCGAUGAGUGAAUCCCACUCGACCCCGCCACAACCAAGAGCAUUCGCCACAUUGUUCACAGUGAUAAUUUUCUCGGCUAUCACAAACCGAGUGAUUAUUGAUCCAUUCUGAUCUUUGUUCCAUACAUCUUCGCAGCACCAUGCGCUCAGUCAUCGCAUCCUCCAGUCGAGCCAUCGUUCGCACCCUUGUAACCCCCGUUAUAAGUCCAAGAGCCUUCAGCACCGGGCUCCCGACUCGCCAUUUCAUGCCCAGACAUGUCCACCGCUCACUUCUCCGACCGCAACCGCAGGCCCUCUCUCAACGCCGAUCCAUGUUCAUUCAGACUGAGACGACUCCAAAUGAAGCGUCUCUCAAGUUCAUACCUGGUGUGCCUGUGACGUCCUCAGGGACUCACGAGUUUCUCGAUCUUCGUUCUGCCCUUCCUUCCCCCUUGGCCACUCGCCUAUUGUCCAUCGAUGGACUGACGGGCGUAUUCUAUGGACCAGACUUUGUAACUUGUACAAAGGACGAUUCAUUCCAGUGGUCAUUAUUGAAACCGGAGAUCUUCGCAACGCUCAUGGAACAUUUCUCAUCGGGUGCGCCACUGUUCCGGGAUGGGGAAGAUAUAAGCGGAGCGGAAGAUACGAGAAUCCUCGAUACGGAUUCAGAAGUCGUAGGAAUGAUCAAAGAGUUACUGGAGACUAGAGUCCGCCCAGCGAUUCAAGAAGAUGGAGGUGAUAUCGAAUACAAGGGUUUCGACGAAGAGACUGGAAUAGUCAAACUCCGACUUAAAGGCAGUUGUCGAGGGUGCAGCUCCAGCAGCGUCACGCUCAAAAAUGGAAUCGAGCGAAUGUUACAGCACUAUGUCCCCGAAGUCCAAUCGGUCGAGCAAGUCUUAGACCAGGAGGAACAGAUUGCGCUGGACGAAUUCGCCAAGUUCGAGGCGAGGUUAGAAAAGAAGAGCAAGCCAGAUAUGAGCCAAUACAUGUCACACUAGUCUAUAUAGCGAAUGAUAUUCGUCCACCAUUACCUCCUCGUCGAUCGAUCUUUGUGCACUUCUUGGCCAUGCUUUGGUAAAUGACCUUUGUGCUGAGGUCUGGUCCGUCGGUCCAACCUCGAGAUUGAGCAAUGGACGUCAGUGCCUCCUUGACCUCAUUCAUGACAGCUGUACCGUCAGGUGAUUGCAGAAGGAUAAGGUAAAAUUGGGCCAGCAUGAUAGUCUGAGGAGUCAGGCGAGUUGUCUGGCUAGGAGCAGAGGCAGAUGAAGUCGGUGAUGGUGGGGCAUCGGGAUUGGAUUCGGAAAGAAGGCCGAGUUGUUGGCUGCUCAUAAGCGAGGCUGAGAGAACAAACACUCACAUUGCUGCAUCUGGAUCGUCUACGUCUUUGAGCAGUUCCGGCAUCGUGCUUUGAAUCUUGUUCUAUAAAGUCAGCAAGAC